AUGUCUUUCAGGUGGCUCCUUUUUUAUCAUGCUCUGUGCUUCUCCUUGUUGAAGGCUUUGGCCCACACUGUGGAACUUAACAAUAUGUUUGGCCAGAUCCAGUCACCUGGCUAUCCAGACUCCUACCCGAGUGAUUCAAAAGUGACUUGGAAUAUCACUGUCCCAGAGGGAUUUCGGAUCAAGCUUUACUUCAUGCAUUUCAACUUGGAAUCUUCCUACCUUUGUGAAUACGACUAUGUGAAGGUAGAAACUGAAGACCAGAUGCUGGCAAUCUUCUGUGGCAGCGAAAACACAGACACUGAGCAUACCCCUGGUCAAGAAGUGGUUCUCUCCCCUGGUUCCUUCAUGUCUGUCACUUUCCAGUCAGAUUUCUCUGAUGAGGAGCGAUUCACGGGCUUUGUUGCCCACUAUGUGGCUGUGGAUGUGGACGAGUGCACUGAGCGUGAGGACGAGGAGCUGUCCUGCGACCACUAUUGCCAUAACUACAUCGGAGGCUACUACUGCUCCUGCCGCUUUGGUUACAUCCUCCACACGGACAACAGGACGUGCCGAGUGGAGUGCAGUGACAACCUCUUUACCCAGAGAACUGGAGUCAUCACCAGCCCUGACUUCCCCAACCCUUACCCUAAGAGCUCCGAAUGCCUCUAUGUGAUUGGACUGGAGGAAGGUUUCAUGAUCAACAUACAGUUUGAGGACAUUUUUGACAUUGAGGACCAUCCAGAGGUGCCUUGCCCCUAUGACUACAUCAAGAUUAAAGCUGGCCCAAAAGUUUUGGGACCCUUCUGUGGAGAAAAAGCCCCAGAACCCAUCAAUACCCAGACCCACAACGUCCUAAUCCUGUUCCGCAGUGACAACUCAGGCGAGAACCGGGGCUGGAAGCUCUCGUACAAGGCAACAGGGAAGGAAUGCCCAGAGCUACAGCCUCCUGUCCACGGGAAAAUUGAGCCCUUGCAAGCCAAGUACUUCUUCAAAGACCAGGUGCUCAUCAGCUGUGACACAGGCUACAAAGUGCUGAAGGAUAAUGUGGAAAUGGACACAUUCCAGAUUGAGUGUCUGAAGGAUGGCACAUGGAGUAACAAGAUUCCGACCUGUAAAAUUGCAGACUGCGGAGCCCCGGCAGAGGUGGAACAUGGGCUGGUCACCUUCUCCACAAGGAACAACCUCACCACAUACAAAUCUGAGAUCAGAUACUCCUGCCAGCAGCCCUACUACAAGAUGUACCACAAUAUCACAGGUAUAUAUACCUGUUCUGCCCAAGGAGUCUGGAUGAAUGAAGUACUGGGAAGAAGCCAGCCCACCUGCCUGCCAGUGUGUGGGCUCCCCAAGUUCUCCCGGAGGCUGUUAGCCAAGAUCAUCAGUGGACGCCCGGUUGAGAAAGGCACCACUCCCUGGAUUGCCAUGCUGACGCACCCGAAUGGGCAGCCCUUCUGUGGAGGCUCCCUUAUAGGCUCCAACUGGAUUCUGACUGCGGCUCACUGCCUCCACCAUUCACUCGAUCCAGAGGACCCAGUCUUCCACGACUUUUACAGGCUCGCCCCUUCUGACUUCAAAAUCAUUGCUGGUAAACAUUGGAGGUCCCGGAGAGAUGAGACUGAACAACAUCUCCAGGUUAAACACUUCGUCCUCCAUCCCCUGUAUGACCCCAAGACAUUUGAGAAUGAUGUGGCUCUGGUGGAGCUGUCAAAGGGUCCGGUGCUGAAUGACUUUGUGAUGCCCAUCUGUCUGCCAGACAGGCCCCCGGAGGAAGGGUCCAUGGUCAUCGUCAGUGGUUGGGGGAGGCAGUUCUUGCAAAGGCUCCCAGAGACCCUGAUGGAGAUCGAAAUCCCAAUUGUUGAUCACCUCACCUGCCAGAAUGCCUAUGCCCCACUGAAGAAGAAAGUGACCAGGGACAUGAUCUGUGCUGGAGAGAAGGAAGGGGGCAAAGACUCCUGUUCGGGUGACUCUGGAGGCCCCAUGGUGACCCUGGAUAAAGAGAGAGGCCAGUGGUACUUGGUGGGCGUGGUGUCCUGGGGCGACGACUGUGGAAAGAAGGACCGCUAUGGAGUAUAUUCCUACGUCUAUGGCAACAAGGACUGGAUCCAGAGAGUCACCAACAUAAGGAAUUGAAUUCCAUUUUUCACCACCUGUCCGUGGUCAGUCAGCAGCAGAAGAUAAUUAUCUGAUGCAAGAUGCUCUCACCCUUCACCCACCUCAUUCAGCCCCUCUAUUACUGGCCAAUAAUGGGACCAUCUCAGCCCCAUUUUCUCUUUUUUUACAGAAACAGAGUAGCUGAGUGAUCAGAACAUAGAGCCAAAUCCAAUCUCUGUCACUCACUAGGUCUGCAAUGCUGGGCAGAUGACUUCGGCUUUUUGAAACUCAGUUUCUUUGUCCAUAUUCUGGAAAUUGCAUACCUUACCUACCUCAUAAAAAUUUGAUGAGGAUUGAAUUAAUUAAUAUAUAUGUAGCAUUUAGCACAGUGCAGGCAUAAACUAAGUGCCCUAUAAAUGUGACUUAGCAGAAUGUCAAUGUGUCUACCAGGCAGGCAAAGUUCUCUUACAAAUCCUGGCUGGGUCUUAGGGAUGAUCAGUGUGUACCCUUCCCCUCAACCUUGACCAUCUCUUUCAUCUGCCCCCAAAAGUUCUGGGCUUCUGUGCUACCACACACCCUUCCCAACCCCAUCCCUACCCCCCAUAAAAAAAGAAAAUGAGAAAAGGUGCUUAGUCCUACAGCAUGUCCCACAGCAAUGCACGAGCUACAUGACAAAUUGUGAGAGAGCCUUGCAAGAAGCAAGGCAGAGAGGGAGAUUGGAAAUGGUCAUCUGGGACAGCAGACACCAGGCUCUAGAGCCAGCUCUGCCCCCAGCAAUCUGUGUGACUAUAAGCAGGUCCCUCCCCCUCAUCCCAAAGGACCCUCCCAGCUCUGAUGAUCGAGGAUCCAAAGAAGCCAUUUUUCCUUGAUGGAAUGAGUUAAAGCCAAAGUAACCAAAAAGCAAAAAUUACAUUAAAGUUCAAUAGAGUUUUGACGCAGAGAAAAAACUGCUCCUAUAGCAACACCCACCCUCAUUCACCACACCCUGGUUCCCAAAGACAUGGCCCCAGGCAAAGUGCUAGUCAAGGAAUCUUCCCUUAUUCCUAAGCAGAGCAUCUGCUUUAGGCCCCACCCUUCUUCCCUUUCUGAGCAUCGGAGCUGCACCACGUCAGCCCUGAUAGGCUAGACUCAGGCCCCGGUGCCCUCCCUCCCUGUGUCCACAGCUGACCCCAAGAAGCGAUUCUUCUGAUUCCUCACCCCUGUUCCUUACCCCGAACGCCCUAGCACCACACAGUGCUAAGUGUUUCCCAUGCAGAAUUCCCUCAGAGAGUCAGCUCCUUUCUCAGGAAGUUCCCAGAGAACUCAUCCCUUCCAGACCUCUGAGAUUUAAGCCCAUCCAGGGAUCAGAACCCCAAGUCCCCAUCUAGUUCUAUGAAAAUUGGUCUUCACGGGAGACUUCAGUUCUUGACUUUCCCGGAGCUGCUAGAAUCACUCAGGGUCUCUUGCUGAAAAAAGGGACAAGGAAUGAGACUGAAUGAGACUUAUGGACACUAAGCCUAAGGCUGAAUGCUCAGGGACAGCAGGUCACAGCGUGCUUCUGGUUCUAUGAGCUAGUCAUUCUACCUCUCUGUGCCCUGCAGUUUACUCUGGACAGGGAAGAUGACAGUGGGACCCAACUCCAUUAGACAUUUUUCAAGCAAGUUUGAGUUCUUUUUCAUAAACCAAUAAAGACGUGCAAUGCAAAGCUUUGGAGUUUUUCUAGGGCAUUCCAAACCACCAAACCUCCCUGAUUCACAGCACUACCUGGGAGUACCCAUGGACCAGGCUGUGCUGACUGCUCUGGAGACUGCUGAGAUGAGGGGAACAUGACUCCCACCUUCCAGAAGCUCCAACAGAGGGAACCGAUACAUACACAAGUGCCUUGAACAAAAUGAACCCCCCGUCCCACCUCUGCGAUGUGUUGGAGCAGCACAGAGGCACUGGAGGAGGGAACAUAGGGAGGGCAUCCCAGACAAUGUGGUGUUAGAGCCGAACCUUGAGGACGGUAGGCAUUCCACAGGUAAGACAGGGAGGCCUUCCAGGUGAAAGGGGCACAGAGCAAAUGAAUGUUCCCUCAGGCUUUCCUCAGGCUACACUAUCUUCUCUCACAAAAACAACAUAUCUAGUAGACCCAUGUUCUGAUUCUAGAAUCAGAACCAGUAUUUAAGGGGACUUUCUCCUUAAUGUCAGACAACAAUGAGACAGCCUCAGGAUUUUCACACGAAUACGCCCCCCCACCCCACCCUACUAAUCAAAAGAAAAGCAUUCCUAUAAAACCUCUUGUAAGCUAAAAUAGCAUAAAGUGAAGAAACAAUUACCUUAGGACACAUCUUGCUAACCAAUGCACAAAAUAAAUCAAGAUAAAGCACAGAUGCUCACAGACACAGCUCAAAGCUAUGGCGCCUUGGCGCUGAGCUGCUGGGCCUAAUUCCUGGGGAAAGGCUCGGCCAGGCCACUCUCACCGCUCAGGGUGUUUCCGUGAGAGCUCGCUACAAAACAAAUGCUGAACCCUAAUUUUGCUUGUCACCUUUUUUUCUUAAAACUGAAUAUCCUCUUCAGAUUUCUUUUGGUCAGUGAAACAGGUACUAAUGUAGGUCUUUUGUAAAAAUAAAGUGCAGUAAAUCAAACUUUCAAAAAGCAGGGGACAGCUCUCUGUACUAACCUCUGGCUGGACACAGUUUAUCCCAUCUAUUCUCCCACCUGCAACUCCAUCCUUAUUCUGAAGAAAUGUCUAAAUGUGCUGUGUAAAGAUACAUCAGCCCCUGCACUUCUGCUAAGGUCCAAGAAACCUAAAUCUCUCACAGUCAGAGAAGCAGAGGGUUGGCAUGUCUGUUCAGACCAUCUUGUCUAACUUUAUGACCUCUUUCUUGAAUAUUUCUGGGGAUGGGAAACUCACUACCUCCAAAUGCAGCCCAUUCCAACUUCAACAUGAGCUGCCUCUUAGAAAGGUCUCUUCUAUGCAACCAAAGUCCCCCUCCCUAGAAUAUACUUUUUAUAUCUAAAGCGAUGAUUUCAUACCAUGAAGGUUGUUAUUGUCAAUAAUGAUCACACCAAUUUCAUUAGCAAAAAAAGCUGUUAUUCUUGUG